AGGGGUGUGGCGUCAAGUGCUUCAGCGGUUUAUUUGGCAAGUCGCGUUUGUUCAGGUGUGAACUCGUCUGCUGAGGAACCAGUAUUAGCUACAGUCUUACCAGUCUAUUGUACUCCCGCUACUGAGAAAAGCCCCCAAAGCAUGCAGCUGAGUGCUAUGAGAUUACAGCUCCGUCUUCUACUCUGGACAGUUCUUCUCCUGCCAGCUCUUCUUGGGAGAUGCUGUGCAGAAGUCGACUGUGAGAAGAGAUCGAGCUACACCAACUGUGUAUCAGAAAUAGAUGGAUUAGAGAGUAACGGCGUAACGCUGAGCUGCAGUGACAGCGGCAGUGAAGUUAUAUAUGUUCCCAUGGGCAGUGAAGAGACUCUUGUGUGUCAGAUCCUCCGGGAUGUCGAAGUUGACUUCUCUGGUGGCUGGAAUUUCUACCCUUCCAAUGGAAGUGCCAUGGUAUCAAAUGUACAGGCCAACCAUUCAAGGAUCUCAGCUGAGACAGACCGACUGACCAUCACAAACAUACAGCCAGAGGACGAAGGACUCUAUGCUUGUGUAGCCAUGGAGGGCAAUAAUGACCAACGCACCGUCAUUGCUGGCUGUAUCAUAGUCCAUGGAACUGCUCGGUCGUAUGAUGACUCCACAGAGGACAUAAUUGCCUUAAGUGGAGAGGACGUCAUACUUCCAACUGCAGUCGUGUUCGAGAAUGCCGGUCACUGUGGUGUCAACCCAGAGUACACUCAGGCUCGACUGCGAUACGAGCCCAAGCAGAAUGUACUCUUUCACUGCAUGGAGACGUCGUGUUUGGAGGAUUCUGCUACACACAGCUACAACUUUUCUGCAUUGGGAAACGUGACUCUGCACCCACCAGUCAAUCCAGGGCCGUACUUUAUGGCACUGAUCCAGAUGUGCCCUAGCCCGGUCCUAAGGAUGACGUACAAUGUCAUCGUUGGUAAGACGAACAUAAGAAGAUAUAAUUAUAGCACAUUGAUAUGUGACUAUGGAGAGUAUCACAGGCUAGAACUAUUUCAGCUCACAAGGUUUGAGCUGGGACAGGCAGGCAUUGCAAUCGGUGGUAUCUGGUCACUUAGGGGGAAUGUGGCAGUAUAUAAGGGCUGAACUGUUACUGAAAAUUUAGCAUUCUUGCACUGAGCCCUAUUGUUUAGUUAAAUUUAGCCCUUAUGUAUUGACACGUUCCCUUUAACAAUGAGUUGCAUGCAGCAGUGGGGCAGUGGGUAUAUUUCCAUGAGGCUAAAACUAUUGCAGCUCACAGGCUUUGAUCUGGGACACACAUUAGGCAUCUGGUCACUUAAUAGUUGCAUGGUGCUGAAUCGUUUGUGGGCAGUGCGGGUAUUACUAGAGGAUUGCAACGCAUUUUUGGUGAGGGAAGCGAGCAUUUCAAUAUUUUGCGUGUUUUACCGCGUAUUUAGAACAUAUUACGGUAUGUUGGUCCGUAGGUUCCGCAAUUCAGACAUCGAGAUUGGCAAGCAAAUUGGGGAGUAACUCAUCAGUUCGUUAGUUAUUACACACAUGGACGCAAGUUUGAUUUUCUCAAUUAGUGUUUCCAUACACAUUCUUCUACUUACUACAUGGCAACAAAAACUAUUAAACAUUAAUGUUUUUUGUUUCAGGUUCACAAACCUCUGUACCAUCUCCAAGCAAAGGUCCAACCGCACCAAGACCUGGAGAAUCAAACGAUGGAAUUGUUAUCGGUGUGGUUGUUGUAGCUGUCGUGGUGAUCAUCGGCACGGCUUUUGCUGUUCUUUUCCUGUACAUUUUCUGCAAGCAUCACCCUCAAACCUUUGCUCGCUUCAUCCCCAACAAGGAACCAGUUUACGAAGAUCCUAACAGAAUGACCAACGGGGUUGAGCUGGGCGACCAAGUCCAGCUGCAGCGGGAGGAGAGCCUAUACAGUGGACAAUUCCCUCCAUCCAUCAUCGGAGGAGACAAAAACGGCAUGGGUCCCUACGAAAUCGACAUACACCUCAACGAAAAACCGACAGACGAAUUAGGAUCCAUAUGAUACGAUCUCCCAGUUUUUUGUUGUUGCUGUAUUGUCACACAUUCUACACUUUAAUACAUUUCAUUUGUGUGUUUGUACAAUUCUGCACCUAGUAUGAAUCAGUGGCUAAGUUAGCCACCUAACUGCAACGAA